AUGCACCCGAAGCCACUCCUCGCAUCCGCUCUCUGCGUCAUCGUCGCGGCCUCUCCCGCAGCCCACGCGUACGUGGUCAACAACGGGACGACAUGCUACGUGUACCCGGAGUCGCUGACACACUUCGGGCAGCCGGUGGACGACACACCGUCGAUCCUGCGGGCGUUCGAGCUGUGCGGGACCAACGGCACGGUCGUGCUCACCGACAACACCUUCCACGUCGACCAGGUCAUGAACACCACGGGUCUGGUCAACUGCGACGUUGAGCUGCACGGCGAGAUGGUCUGGAGCGACAACAUCCCCUACUGGCUGAGCCACAGCUACUCGGUUGUCUAUGCCAACUUGUCCACCGCGUGGUUUUUUGGCGGCGAGAACGUGACCUUCAAAGGAUUUGGGAAGGGCAGGUUUAAUGGGAAUGGCCAAGCGUGGUACAACGAGAACCGCAAUAACAGCAACCAGCCCGGGCGGCCGAUCGCCUUCACCAUCCUCAACGCGAAGAACCUGUGGAUGGACGGCGUGUCGUGGAGCCAGGCGCAGUUCUGGCACUCGUUCGUGUCGCACUCGCAGAACGUCAGCAUGACCAACAUCUACAUGAACUCUACCAGCGACGAUACGUGGUUCACCGUCAACACCGACGGGUCCGACACCUGGAACUCCCGCGACGUCUUCUACACCAACUGGACGGUGCUCGGAGGUGACGACUGCAUCGCCAUCAAGGGCAACAGCACCAACAUCGUCUCCAAGAACAUCACAUGCUACCACACGCACGGCAUGCCCAUCGGCUCGGUCGGCCAGCAGCCGGGCCACCCGGACUUCGUGCAGGACAUCGUCUACGAGGACGUGCACCUGAUCAACUCGACCAACGGCGCGUGGAUCAAGGCGUGGCAGGGCCGCUCGCAGUCGGUGACGAACAACGGCGGCAGCGGUGGCGGUGGCGGCGGCUACAUCAAGAAUGUCACGUUCCGCAACUUCGUGCUCGAGAAUGUCGGCCAGCCCAUCAGCGUGACGCAGUGCGUGUACGGGCAUGAUCCCAGCGUGUGUGACACGAGCGAGCUGCAAAUCUCCGACGUCACCUGGGAGAACAUCACGGGAACAUCGCAUUUCGACGUGGCCUCGGUCAUCCACUGCUCGCCUCUCGUGCCGUGCCCCGGGAUGAAGUUCAUCGAUGUCAACAUCACCACCGUCAACGCCUCCCUCGGCCGACCGAGCCUGCCUGAAGUCAACGUAUGCGCCAAUAUCGUCAACCAGAACGCGACCGGCGAGAAUGCGACCGGGAUCCCGUGUCACGGCUUCGCACCGAAUGACAUGCCCAACGUCCUAUACCGGAACUGGCCGGAGCUGCUGCAAAAGGUCAUCCUCAGCGUGGUCGUCCCGGAAGCACAGAGAGAUAACUGUCUGCAUCCGGGGCCGGAUCCCGCGGCUGCUGGGUGCGACCCUCCCCCAUACUGA